AGGGAAAUUUUCCUCUCAGUUUGGCAAAAGCGGUAACGGUGGGCGGUUUGUUGCGGCAAAAACUUAACCUCAGCACGCGGACGUGUCGCGUUUGUUUACCCAGUGACCGACGGAAGUUACAGUAAUUUUGUGGCCGCCGCUCCGGACGCUCUCCCCACGGGGUCACGACUCUCCGCUGGAGCAAGAGGAAAAUUAAAAGCACCCAAAAGGUGUGCGUUUCAGCUUGCCGAUUGUUGUUCUUGUUGCUGGGGAUAGUGGACCAAAGAUGAAGUCUGCGACCCGAUAAAUUAACCACGUGAUGACUUGAUGCGAGAGCCAGUCGCGAACGUCCGCAACGUUUCCAAAGAUGCAGCUGUACAGACCAUGCAGGGGCGGACUGAAGAAGGUGUUCGGCAUCCUGUGCCUCGUCGCGACGCUCUACUUCACCAUCCUCUGCUUCACCAACAUCUCGAACACACGAGACGGUCUGUCGUCUCGCAUGGUCGCCGAGGACAAGUACACGGUCGGCGGCGACAAGAAAGUUUACGAGUACAACCGCCAAAUGCCGUUGAUCUUUAUCGGCGGCGUGCCCAGGUCCGGAACGACGCUCAUGAGGGCGAUGCUCGACGCCCAUCCCGACGUCAGAUGCGGCCAGGAGACUAGGGUGAUCCCGCGCCUCCUCCAGCUCCGCUUCCACUGGCUCAAGUCCGAGAAGGAGUCCAUGCGACUGGAACAAGCCGGCAUCACCAAAGAAGUCCUGGACUCGGCCAUCGCGGCCUUCACCCUCGAAAUAAUCGCCAAGCACGGCGAGCCGGCGCCCCGUCUCUGCAACAAGGACCCCCUGACCAUCAAAAUGGGCACGUACGUCAUCGACCUGUUCCCCAACGCCAAGUUCAUCUUCAUGGUGCGCGACGGCCGCGCCACCGCCCACAGCAUCAUCACCCGCAAGGUGACCAUCACGGGCUUCGACCUGACCAGCUACAGGCAGUGCAUGAAGAAGUGGAACGGGGCGGUGGAGGCGAUGAACAAUCAGUGCCGCGAGUUGGGUCCGUCCCGUUGCCUCAGGGUGCCCUACGAACAGCUCGUGCUCCAUCCCAAGGAGUGGAUGGAGAAGGUGCUCAAGUUCCUCGACCUGGACUGGCACGACGCCGUGCUGCAUCACGAGGACUACAUCAAUAAUGGAAUCAGCUUGUCCAAGGUGGAACGUUCCUCGGACCAAGUAAUAAAACCGGUCAACCUGGAGGCGUUGACCAAAUGGGUGGGCAACAUACCGGACGACGUGGUCCGCGACAUGGCCGACAUCGCCCCCAUGCUGUCGGUGCUGGGCUACGACCCCUACGCCAACCCCCCCAACUACGGACAGCCCGACGCUCACGUGGCCAAAAAAACUGACGAGAUCCUGAAGAACAAAACGAUCUGGGAGAAGAAAGCCAAAGAGAUGUUCAGCGUGGGUUGGGACAGUAAUGCAGGUGCCUUCACUGUCUUGGACAAGGAGCCCAGCGACAACCCCAACGACACGACGUGAUAGUACGUGUACACCAUUAGGUGCUUUCGAUUCAAUUGCGUGUGGACCACUGACGAAUGACAUUUCAGUUGUGAUUUCAGAGACUUGAGUGUGACGACUUAUUAAUUAGUUCAUUUUUGUUGCCAGUUGGUUUGUUUAAUUUAUUGAAGGUUUGGCCUAAAUCUGUGUAUGAUGAAAACACCCUCGAGUUUAAUAUUAAUUUGUUUUUGUGUCAUAUAAUUAAUUUAUUUUCACAAUUAAAUUAACACUGUGUUUUAAUUGUACAAGGAUAAUUGUUUUUAACAUGCCUGAAACGAUAUGAAAUGGACAAAUAUUGUAAAUACAUAUAAACAAAUUGUUUUAGAUACAUAAACAGGCAUAAUAAUUACUUAUGUAACAUAUAUGAAUAUAAAUCAAAAUCAAUUAAUUAUAUUGAACUAGAUAUUGAAAAUAUUUGUUAUACCCUCAAAUUAUGGAUGUGUCUAACAAUUAAAUAAUAUUUGUUCAGUUUCUGGUAUAUAUGCAUUAUAUUUAUUUUAUAUAAAAUAAAUAAUUUACAAAUUGUUGAUGACGUUUAAAAAUUCACCCAUGAAAUUGUUUUUAAUAAGUAAAUUGUAAUUUAUAAAAUGGACAUUUGUAAAAUAAAAUAUUUUAUU